UGCAUCAGCACAACUUCAUCUAGCUCCCUCCUUAAUCAUGAAAAGGUCACUUCUCAGUCCUAUCAAAACCAAACCUACUCUGAUGAAAUUCAUUUUAGUCUUCUCUUCAGUUUUUGUCAUUUCUCUCUGUGUAUCCAUGUUACUAUUAGCCACACCAAAGAUAAUAGACGUGCAUUCUUCACUACAAUAUGUGUAUGAACCUACCACUGUUGAUCAACUUGUGUUUGGAAUUGCUUCAAGUGGGAAUUCCUGGCCUAAGAGAAAGGAAUACAGCAGGAUGUGGUGGAAUUUGAAUCCCAAUAAAACAAUGAGAGGAUGUGUUUUCGUAGAUACCCUCCCACAUGAAGAAAAUCUCAACAAUGAUGCUUCUCUUCCUCCCCUUUGUGUCUCUGAAGACACUUCCCAGUUUCUCUACACUUACAAGCCUGGAGGUCUAAGAUCAGCAAUCCGUGUGGCACGUGUUGUGAAAGAGACUGUGGCAUUGAACCAUUCUGGUGUCAGAUGGUAUGUGUUUGGGGAUGAUGACACCAUUUUCUUCCCUCACAAUCUGCUCAAAACUCUUUCCAAAUAUGAUCACAGGCUUUGGUACUAUGUUGGGUCCUACUCAGAGAUUUAUGAGGGCACUCAGGUUUUUGGUUUUGGAAUGGCCUUUGGUGGAGGUGGUUUUGCCAUCAGUUCCUCCCUGGCACAAGUCCUAGCCAAGGUUCUUGAUUCAUGCAUACAAAGGUAUCCACAUCUGUAUGGAAGCGAUGCUAGGGUCUACUCUUGCAUAACUGAACUAGGUGUGGGACUAACACAUGAACCAGGUUUUCAUCAGGUCGAUUUGCGGGGAAAUAUCUUUGGCCUUUUGGCUUCUCAUCCGUUAACUCCCUUAUUGUCCUUACAUCACCCAGAUCACACUGAUCCUAUCUUUCCCAACAUGUCAACCAAAAAAUCACUGCAACAUUUAUUUGAAGCUGUUCGUGUCGAUUCCGAGAGGAUCCUGCAACAAACAGUUUGUUACGAGAAGAGGUUGUCAUGGACAAUUUCAGUUUCAUGGGGCUAUGCUGUUCAAGUGUUCCAGAACAACAUGGUUUUGCCAGAGGUUGUGAGAGUGGAGAAAACAUUCAAACAGUGGAAGGAAGGAAAUGUUUUGUUAGGAACAUAUACUUUCAACACAAGAGAACUUCACCCUGACCCUUGUAAAAGACCCACCAUUUUCUAUCUAGAUAAAGUGUCUUCUGGCAAAGAUGGCAUCACAAGCACUUACAGGAAACAUUAUCAAAAUUGCACAUACAAGGGACCAAUGCAGAAAUUGAAUGUGAUCAAAGUUGCUACAAAUAAGUUAUACAUUGACAACAAACAGACUCCGAGAAGGCACUGUUGUAAUGUGUUGCCUUCUAAUGCUGGUGACUUAAUGGAAGUUGCAAUCAGAGAAUGCAGAUAUGAAGAGCUGAUUUACAUGCACUGACUGACAUUAAAUUAUUGAAGAAUGUUACUUACAGAGAAAGCAAAGCAAGAGAUUGCGUAAGGAAAUUUGCAAUCUAGAAUUGAAACUUUCAUGCUUGCUUACAAAGCUUUUACUGAAGUUGUAACGAUUCAAACUAAUUCAAUGUAGUGCCUCUCAGCAUAAUUUUGUUUUAAAGAGUUCGUCUAUCAGAUAGGUUCAACAUCAACCAUGCAGGUCAACCAUAAAAACACCAACAAUGUAGUUUUAGGAGUUUUCCCUUCCAAGAGUGUUUUUUGAGGAUAUUUUUU